AAAUCUACAUAUCCUACUAGACAAUUCUUCACGAACUUAUCACGUAUUCGAUUUCUAACCUUGUUCUUAAUGUAGCUCAAAGUAGAAAAGACUCUUUCAACACUUGUCGUGUAACCAUAAAAUCAAUUCAAAAUUAAGGGUAGCGUGUACGUAGUUUAAUUAUUAGGUAUUGAAAAUAGUUGGGGAUAAAGAAAUAGCGUUUUACUGUUGCGUGAUGUUUAAAAUAGAAUAACAAAUGAGUAGCUACAUAAUUAGAAUAUGUUUGAUAAUAGUAGUGUCCUAGGUUGGAAUAACACGGACUACCACUUAUAUUUUGUUAAUCAUAAGCAAACUAUUAUCGAGGGUAGGAUAAUCAUUUUUUCAAAUGGUAGGGUGUCCCGGAUUAUCAAUUAUAUUUUGUAUACCCAUACGAAACUACUACCGGAGGUUGGAUAAUCGUUUCCCCAAAUUUUAAGGGUGUCCCAGGACACCCCUAGAGGCCCAUGUAUCCGCCCCUUCCAUAAGCCAUUAACCCUUUUGGAUACUUCUGGCAAAGGGGGGUUCAGUUUCCUCAUAUGGAUGAGCCUGCUGUGGUGGAGUUGCUGGUGCUUCGGGAGGCUAUUAGUUGGUGUUUGGAGUUUGGCUUGUCGGAGGUCCGGUUUGAGGGUGAUGCCAAGGUGAUUAUUGAUAAAAUUAAUCAAUCCGACACAAGGGACAACCGGUUGGGUGCUGUGCUGGAGGAGAUAGGUCAUUAUUUUCGCGCCCAUCAUGGGGUUUAGUGUGCGAUUUGUAGGUCGGGAGAACAAUAGGGUAGCUCAUUCGGUAGCUAGAAAAGCCCUCUCUUUGUAUCCGAUUAUGUGUCGCUCCUUUGAUUUCCGGGCCUGACUGGUUUCCAGGAUGUAACUAUCUUUUUAAUGAUCAAUAUAUGACCCAAAAAAAAGCCAUUAACCCUUUUCCUUUAGACUUUAGUGUGUGUACGUGUGAGUGGAAUAUUUACCACUAACUAGUUCAUCCCUGUAGUGCAGAUCAUAAAAUGUUCCUUUUUAUUUGUUAUAUAUGACUAUAUGUCCAAGUUCUUAAAUGGUUAAUAACAAAAGAUCAGUCGAAUUAUGAAAAGGGUAGUCUAGUCAAUUCCCCCACAACAUCCCAAUUGGUUGGAAGGGUUAGUAGAUUUGCGUCAGGGCCACCAUCAUCGAGUUUUUUUAUCCACAAACAAACAAUUCGUUUAGUUUAAGAUUCCCAUUGAUGUGAUUGGUUCGUAUUGUUAAAUUGCUUUUUUUUUAUUCAUUAAAUUGGGAAGUCGGUCAACCACUUGCAAAAAAUCCACCAAAAUUGUGCUAUCAUGAUGAUGGGAGGAGAUUAAAUUAAAUAAUUAUGGCCAUGCUCAUUCAUGGUUGGGAUUGUUCCCGAUUAAUUUUGUAUUAUCUUCCAUGAUUAAACUAAUCACCCCCGAUUGCGAUAUGGCGAUUUGGAGCCACAAUAUGAAGGGAAGACAAAAUAAAUUUAUGGCUUGGCUGCAAUUGACGGCAAUCUAUAUGAGAUUCUUUUUUUGUUCUUCUUCUGUUUUUUCCUUUCAAACGUCACAUAGUAAUUAUAUUUUGUUUUAAGUUUCACCUUUGAAUAUUGGUUCGAAUUGUUAAUGUAUUAGACUCAUUCAAGAAAGGCCGUAAGUUCAAAUCCGAAUUUUUGAUCACGACUUUUAUAAAGAUGUAGUUUUACUAGUUUGAAGGAAUCUAAACCGAGUUUUGAAUAAUAAUAAUAAUAAUAAUAAUAAUAAUAAAGAUGUGAAAUGGAUCAAGCGUUUGCCACCCAACAUAACGAGGGCAUAGCUACAAUAAAGCAUCCAAUAGAUC